CACUAGUGCCCUCUUAAUUUUGGAAAUAAUUUGUAUACAUGAAGUUCUUACUCCUUGUAUAGUCUGCAUGAUGUAUGCGGAGAUUUAAAAAUUCCAAAGGCAUCUUUCGAAUCGAACUAUCGUAUACUGAAAAAGUGAGAGGGAGCAUAUUUGACAGCUCAUCAAAUCGUUUGGCAUAAAAUGAAUACUAGUCAUUUAACGUGAUUCAUUAUAAAUGAUUUGGUUUCAUCACAAUACUAAUUCAAUUAAACGAUGACGGAAAAAUUGAGGAGAUAUGAGAAAAUUGAUUUCUUGGGAGAAGGACAGUUUGCAACUGUGUAUAAAGCUCGAGAUACUGAGACCGACAGCAUAGUAGCUGUGAAAAAGAUCAAAGUCGGAAGCCGAGCAGAAGCAAAGGACGGAAUUAAUCGUACCGCCUUGCGAGAAAUAAAACUCUUGCAAGAGCUUAAACACGAUAAUAUCAUCGGAUUAUUAGAUGUCUUUGGUCAUAAAUCCAAUGUGUCGUUGGUGUUUGAUUUCAUGGAUACAGACUUGGAAGUUAUAAUAAAAGACAAUAACAUUGUCUUAACAUCAGCGAAUGUGAAAUCUUAUAUGAUCCAAACCCUCCAAGGACUUGAGUAUCUCCACUUCAAUUGGAUACUUCAUAGAGACCUAAAACCCAACAAUCUGCUUGUGAAUAGUAGCGGCGUAUUAAAAAUAGGAGAUUUUGGUCUCGCCAAGUUCUUUGGAUCACCAAACAGAAUAUACACUCAUCAAGUUGUUACUAGGUGGUACAGAGCACCAGAACUGCUGUAUGGUGCUAGAUUAUAUGGCACUGGCGUUGACAUGUGGGCAAUUGGUUGCAUACUGGCUGAGUUACUGUUACGCCUCCCAUUCCUCCCUGGAGAGUCAGAUUUGGAUCAACUAACGAGAAUAUUCCAGACGCUGGGUACACCAAGCGAUGAAACAUGGCCUGGAAUGACGGAUUUGCCAGAUUUUAUACAGUUCAAGCCAUUUCCUGGUACUCCACUGAAGCAUAUCUUCACUGCGGCUGGAGACGAUCUGUUAGAUUUAAUCACAAGUCUGUUAAACGUUAAUCCAUUGGAACGCUGUACUUGUGAUCAAGCUCUACAGAUGCCUUAUUUUAGUAAUAAACCACCACCAACGAUUGGAUCAAAAUUGCCUCUUCCCAUGACUAUCAGGAAAGAACCAGAGGAAAAACCUAGUCUCAAGAGAAAAUUGUUAGAAUCCAUGGAUGGAGGAUCACUAGCGAAGAGACUGCAAUUCUAGCUAUAAAAGAUAUUAGGUCUAUGUGAUACAUUACAUACUAAGGAACUCUUCUAGUUCGCCUAGUUUUGUGUUGCAAAUAUUCAAGGAAGUUCAAGAACUUUCACAUAUCCUUAAAUUAUAAUUCAUAGCUACUUCUCACAUUCUUCAAAGCUGUGAAACUUAGGAACAAUAUUGCUUUGCGUUUGUUGUAGAUAUUACAAUAAUUUACUGAACCAAAAAUUCACGAUUUUAGUUUGGUAUUAUGAUGUUUGUGGUACUAGUAGAAAGUAUUUGUAUGUGUAUGAUCAGUUUUCAAUAGAGUCAUUAUUUUGUUAGUAACUUAAAUCACUAUUAAAAAAUAUGUUACCAGGCUGGUGACAUGAAAUUUAAAAAAAUGUUUACACAAGUUUCCGUAUGCAUAAUCUUCAGACAGCAUUGCCACCUACAUUUGGAUACUUGUCAUGUAUAUGUACUGUGCAUUUAGGGUAAACAACGUAAAACCAGCAGUAUAUGUGCUCUAUAUGAAACAACAAUUACUGAUAACUCGGCAUAAACGUUUGUUUAAAACAACUAUUAGUAAUUACUGGGUGACUGUAUGUAAGAAAUUCAAUUUGUGUUGAAGACUCAAACGAUAGUCAACAUCACGCUAUUCCAAAGUCUAAAUUAAAGAACAUUUUAUUUCAAAUUUAUACACCAAAUUGAUGUUAUCAGCUCACUGAAUUCCAAUAAUUCAAACAAUUUUGAGACCGGCAAUCGAAUUCUCCAGUGUCUAAAACAGAAUCGAAAAAAACUUAACCAACUGAUACGGUAUUUAAAUAUUUCAGAUUAAAGGAUCAUAAAUUAAAAGUGAUACAAUACCUUCAGAUCCCAAAUGACCAAUUGUCCGUCUAACCCACUUGUACUAAAUUUGUCUUCUUGUAGUUUUCGUACACAAGUAAUUGCAUUCUGGUGAAUACUAUCCAGGGCAGUGUCUGUUGUUUCUAUGCGUGCUUGGCGAUCAAGCGAUUGAAAUUUUCGCAUAGCCGAAAGUCCACCGGCUUCUUUUCUUUGAGUAUUAUCCAGUUUUGAUGCAAAAUAUAAUUGGCCAUUAUCAUCCAAGGCGUAGAGCAUAGGAGAACAACUAUGUCCCUGAAAAAUAAAUAUCAAUUUUUUACUGUCUGCUGAAGGAA